UGCUGAUGCUAGUCUUAAUUUCGAAGCACUGUUCGAACCUUGCGUGUUAUAGCGAGAAAACGAAAGUAAUUUUAUCUUAAAGAGCAAAACAGUAAGACUAAUCUUAGCGAAACUAAUUAUCUUUGGAUAUAUGAAACAAUUACCUCUUUGGAAUUUAAUAAUUUCAUUUACUUGCCGUACUGGAAUAAGUUACAUUUGUUAUUUUGGGCCUGUAAAAGUUGCGGCUCAUCAUUCUUACUGAAUUUCUGUUUAACAUAUGGAUUCAUUUCUUCUAAUACCCAAAGCUGAGUUUUUUGGUUCGUGCUUUCUUUUCCUGAUUUAACUGGCAUUCAAGUGGAAUUUUAAAGCUCUAGACAUUUACUGAAUUUAAUAGUUUAUUUUUAGUUUCCAAUGCAGUUCUUGCCUUCCUCAAUAGAUUUGUAGUAUCACUAAAUUCAUGUCCAUUUUGCCGAGCUCCGCUGUUAGUUUAUUUUAAUCUAAUGCGUGUGCUCCUUAAUCCACACUGGAUUUCUGGCUUUUAAAUUAGUUUCUAACUGCUAUUUGACAGAGGAAAAAUUACCAUGGGUUGCUGUGCAGAUGUGAUUGAUGCAAUAAAAAUUAUUUUCUGGGUGCUUUGCGAUCCAUUUAUCAGACUCUGCCGGUGUCUUUUCCCAAGAAGAAGGAAGAACAUAAAAGGGGAAAUUGUUCUCAUUACAGGAGCUGGACAUGGACUAGGAAGAGAACUGGCGUUGCUACUGGCUGAAAUGGAACCCGUUCUUGUGCUGUGGGAUAUUAAUCAAGAUAAUAAUGAAAGUGUUGCUUCGAAACUUCGAUUAGCAGGCCAUACUGUCUUUUCAUACAAAGUGGACGUCACCAAUGAACAAGAAGUGGUUCAUGCAGCCAAUCGCGUUAAACAAGAAGUAGGUGACGUGUCUAUCCUCAUCAACAACGCUGGUGUCUUUUCCGGUCAACCACUGGUCAAUCUUUCAAGUCAAGUAAUCAGGAGAUGUUUCGAAGUCAAUUCUUUGGCACACUUCUGGAUGCUGCAGCAGUUCUUGCCCCGUAUGAUUGAAUUGGAUAGAGGUCACGUAGUCGCCGUAGUAUCUAUAGCUGGUCAUCAAGGUGUUCCUUAUAUGACUGAUUACUGUGCUUCGAAGCAUGCUACAGCAGGCCUAAUGGAAUCAUUGUAUAUGGAGUUACAAGCUAUGGGUAAGAAAAACAUACGCCUGACCACCAUCAACCCCAUUAUCAUCACAACUGGAUUGAUUUCCAACGUCAAAACUAGGUUUCCACUUCUGCUUCCCUUAAUGUCAGUCGAAAAGACAGCAAAAGUAAUAGUUAACAGUGUUUUAAAAGAAGAAGAAGAAGUUUUUAUUCCUAAGCGCAGUGGAUUUUUCAAAGAUUUUGCAAAGUGCUUCAGCAGAAAGACAAUGUUCAGGAUGUUGGACUUUGUAGGACACGGUUUCGAUCCAGAGGUAACGAAACAGCCGCAAAAGAAGCCAGAAGAAAUCUUUCGUACAUUUCGCUUCUACAGUUGCCCUUCCAGUUUCAGUCGGUGCAUGCCCGCGGCGAUGAGUGCCUUGGAAGUAACCUGCGAAUUUAUAUGGUUGGUGAUAAAGACGAUAGGAAUUGUUUUGCAUGCUAUUUUCAGAGCUAUCAUACCUGAACCUCCAAAAUGCGUUCGAGACAAAGUUAUCUUAGUUACAGGUGCUGCUGGUGGACUAGGAAGGUUAAUUGCUCAGAAAUUUGCAUUACUUGGGGCGCGAGUCGUUCUUGUAGAUAUGAAUGAAGUCCGCAAUAAUGAAGCAAUGCAGAAUAUAAGACAGAUGCAAUGCAAGGCCUAUGCCUAUACAUGUGACAUCAGUAAUGAAAAUCAAGUGGAAGAAUUAGCAUCGAAAGUUCGGCGAGAAGUAGGCGAUGUGGAUAUUCUGAUUAACAAUGCGGGAAUUCUGCCAGGAAAGCCUUUACUUGAACUGUCCAACAACCAGAUAAUGAAAACACUUCAUGUCAACACGUUAUCACAUUUCUGGACCAUUCGUCAAUUCCUACCUCGUAUGCUGGAAAGAGGUGAAGGACACAUAGUGGCGAUUUCCUCUAUUGCUGGCAUUUUGGGAUGUUCAUAUCUUGUUGAUUACUGUGCAUCAAAACAUGCAGUCGUAGGGCUCAUGACUGCCCUCAGAGAAGAACUUCAUGAUAUGGGAAAGGAAGAUUUUAUUCAAAUGACAACCAUCUGCCCAAGUACAAUGAAUACUGGUCUUGUACAGAAACCAAAAACGAGGUUCCCAUCUUUCUUUCCUAUUCUGGAUGUCGAUGAAGUAUCCAACAUUAUAGUGAACUCUGUAUUAAGGAAUAAAAUGUUAGUUGUGAUCCCAACAAAAGCUCAUGUCAUUUACAAAAUUGCAAAUUUGUUUCCUCCUCAAGCACCUUUGCUCCUUCAGAGGUUUUUAGAAUAUGCGAUUGAUCCAAAUGUGAAAUAAAAACUAGUUUUGCUAGAUAUGUGAUACAUUUUUAAUUUUUCAAAAUAUGUUCAUUUGUAUAAAAUCUAACUUUUAAUCUUAAUAUUUAUGUAUUCUUGCUGUGUUUCUUAUUACUCAUGCAUUAAUAAAUUCAUCUAAUUAAAAGAA